UGUAAAACCCACAGUCAUCCGAUAAUAUCUAGAGGAUUGAAGUGACAUUUCCUCUGAAAAUGAAAGAGAAAAGACCUGAAAAGGCCAAAGCAUAGUGAAGUCUGCAUGCUCAGCUCAAUCUUUACUCAACCCCAACUAACCGGCACCAAAACUACGGAAAUGAGCCCAGUGAAAAAGAAAAUAAGGAAAAAGAGAUGAGAGAGAAGGACGGUGUCUUCCUCAGGACUUGACUGACUCUUGAACUACUCUCAAGAAAGCACGGGAACUGGGGAAAGGGCUCCCUUUUUGAGAGAGAGAGAGAGAGAGAGAGAGAGAGAGAGAGAGAGAGAGAGCCUGCAGACUGGAGAAGAAGAGGGGAGGAGAAGGGGCCAUGGUGCGGAAGCAUGGAUGGCAGCUCCCUGCACACACGCUCCAGAUUGUUGCAAUUACAGUUUUCUUUCUUCUGGUGGUUGCAUUUUAUGCCUUCUUUGCACCGUUUCUAGGGAAGCAAGUCCUUGAGUAUGUUGCGAUUGGUAUCUAUACUCCUGUGGCAUUUGCUGUUUUCAUCCUCUAUAUUCGGUGCACUAGUAUAAACCCAGCAGAUCCUGGGAUUAUGUCAAAGUUUGAGGAUGGCUUCAUUGAUGUACCUGCAAGUGCUGCUGACUUACAAGGCACACGUUUGCCAGCAAAAGCCGAUAUUGCUACUGAAACAAACGCCCCAACAUCUACUUGUAGGAGCUCUCUAGAUGGGCGUUCUAAUCAUGGUGAUUUAGAUGCUGGACAUACAAAUAUAAAUUUAAGCUCACAACCACCAAGAAGAAGUUCAAGUAGCUGCUUACUUGGAGGGGUUAUUUGUGCUUUGUUUGUCAAGGAGGAUUGUGGGAAGUUUGAUGAUUCAGAUAAUCAAGUUGAUGGAGAAGAUGCCUUGUUUUGCACAUUAUGUAAUGCUGAGGUUCGCAAAUUCAGUAAACAUUGCAGAAGUUGUGACAAGUGUGUGGAUGGAUUUGAUCAUCACUGUCGGGUAUUUCUUACACAGAAACUAUAUUUUCCUUCAAUUUUUAAAAUGCAUAUCUCAUGUUUGCGUCUUUGGCAGUGGCUAAAUAACUGUGUUGGACGGAAGAACUAUUUCACAUUUAUUGCUCUGAUGACUACCAGUCUCCUCUGGCUUGCUAUUGAAUUUGGAGUAGGCAUCGCUGUUCUUGUUAUAUGCUUUGCCAACAAGAAUUCUGAGAGAAUUAUUCAAGACAAGCUUGGGAAUGGUUUAACUCGUCCUCCCUUUGGUACUAUUGUAGCCAUGUUUACUCUUCUUUCUCUAUUUGCUUGCAUACCUUUAGGAGAGCUUUUCUUCUUUCACAUGAUCUUGAUCAGAAAGGGGAUCACAACUUAUGAAUAUGUAGUUGCAAUGAGAGCUAUGAGUGAAGCAUCUCAAGAGGAGGACGAGGGGCUAAACAUUGUUUACUCCCCGACAAAUUCAGCAACUACUGGAUUCAGUGGCGCUACUUCACUUGGUAUUCACCAAAAGGGAGCAUGGUGCACACCACCAAGGAUUUUUGUUGAUCAGGAUGAAGUGAUCCCACAUUUGGAGCCAGGAAUGGUACCAUCAACCGUCGAUCCUGAUGCUGUUGGCCAUCCUGAAAGAGCAAACAAAGCCAGGAAUCAAGUCAAAAUCAGUGCCUGGAAGCUUGCAAAGCUGGACAGCAAUGAGGCAAUGAAAGCUGCAGCAAAAGCUCGGGCAUCAUCCUCUGUCCUCCGACCUAUAGAUGCCCUCCGGGCUCAAGAUGCGGACCUUAGCUCCAGUGGUAAUGCCAGCAUGAGGAGCAGCAUGAGUGCUGAUUACAGUGCCACCAAGGAAAAAGGUACUGGUAUGAAAUUGUCAUCUCUUCAGAACUCAUAUCCUCAGAGCCUCGCGAGCCAGGACGACUAUGAGUCAGGCACGCAGAGCACUAGCAGCAAAAGCAGCCCAGUCCACAUUCACAAGCCCGCACCUCACACUCAGAUUAAUGUGCCCUCUCGUCCACCUCCAGCUCCUCCAAGGCCUGCACCAGUGGUGCCAAGGCCGCCUGUUCCAACCACGCAGAUAUCCAAUCCAAUGUUCCGGUCAGCUACAUCUUAUAUCCGGGAGAACCGAAAAGCCUCGGUUGUUUGGGAUCAAGAGGCUGGUCGGUACGUGCUGGUUGCUCCUGCACCCACAAGACCAGUAACUGGUGGCGUUGAUCAACCAGCGAGAACACCGCGCUUCUUGGCAAACCCUGGUGGUGAGCCUGAGCCAAGCAAUGGUGGGAGAACUCUCGCACCCAUGAAUGCUUCUGCCUCAGCAUUGCCAUCUGAGAGGUUGACAUACACUGGGCAGUCGAUAUUCUUUGGCGGACCGCUUCUGGGUGCUGCUUUUGACGCUCCAAGGAAUGACACUGGAGGAGAGAAGAGGCGAACUGCGGAGUCCUUCCCGGUGUUCGCUCCGGGAACAAUUCAAAAGAGCCCACCGUUCAACAGGUGAGCUCCUGGCACACAUUUGCUGACGAUCAUGGCUGCGACAAUGGGUUAAUCAUUGCUGCAGCAUUGCUCAGCAAGAGCCCUGAACAGUCCUGGGGUGAUUUCUCCGGUGAUCACCAAAGACUCCAGAAGAAGUAAAGGCGUCAUAAGAACAUGUUGAAAUCUGAAAGGGGGAACUUUACUGUUGAGUUUGCAUCUGAAAGGGUUGAGUGACAAAUGAAUUGUGCAUUUGUCAGGAAAGCAGAAACUGGAAACACGACAGGUAGAAGAGCCGAUUGAUUGUGAUGUAAAUUCUUUGCUCGUUCAUUAUGUCUAACAUUUUCGUCCUCUUUGUAGUGCUUGAUAAUUCUGGUUUAAAAGGACAAGUUUUAGAUUUGGAUUGAGUAGAGUUUUGACCCUUUUUUUGUUGGACCAAGGCAUAUCAU